CGCACUGGCACGCGCACACUCGCUCGCAGCACGGCGGCUUCUGGUUCCGGAGUCGUGCAGAAUGAGCUAGUAAACGAGCGGUGGCUGCCAACUUGGGGCAAGUUGACAGUUCCUGAAAGUUAACGAUUAACUCUUGUCGCCUGUCAGAACGGGGCGGCAAUUAUCGCGCUGGAUAAACGCACGUGUUUUUCCAUUUUAUUUUUAAGUACUUUGUUUCCCGGGCUCCAUAAAGCUGACCUGUCACUAGCCGAGGCGGCGACUACGGCUGCUGAACGCCGCGCACAUGGCAACCGGUGUUAAAAAUAGAAGAAGCGAGCCGAGGCGGGCGCGGAGCUAAAGCAGAGAGACACGGAGGGCAUACUGGACUCGCUGUUGUUCCCCCUUUUUUUCCUAUGCACCCCUGUGUCAAAAAAAGGCUUAGCUUUGGCCACUCGAGAGUACCAGAAGUGACCGAAGAGCAGCCCAUCCGGGAGUUGGGCCCGUCAUCCACAUUUAGGGGCAUGAGCAGGUAACCUCGGUCGGGCGACCCGCUGCCCGUCAUGUCACUGCCCUCACCCGUACAGAUCAAGGAGGCCAACGCGCAUCUGGUGGCGGUACAUAGGCGGGUGUCAGAGCUGGAGCGGCGGUUGGACGUGGCAGAGCGCACGGUGCGGGAGCAGGCGGAGAGUCUGAUCCGAAAAGAUGAACAACUGCGGGCGGCGCUGCAGGAGGUCAGCGAGGCCAAGGAGAGGGAAAUUGCUUACCUCCACGAAAAGCUGUGCAAGUCGGAGGAAACCAUUCAGAAGUUUCAGAGUCUUGUCAAAGAAAAGGAUGGACUAAUCCAGCAACUGAGACACAGAAGCCAACUUUUGGACAAUAUCUGUAAGAGCCGUCCACUUUUAGACAACUUGUUGUCAUUCAUCUCUGAGGCUGAACGUUUGGGUCCAGUAACAGGAGGGAUGGAUUUGGCAAUGGGCAGGGCGAUCCUUGAUGAGUUGGCCGAGUCGAAUUGUAGUCCAGAUCGGGUUCCUAACCAUCAGGAUUUUUCUCUCAGUGAAGAUGACUUGGAUGAUCAGGAUCUCGAUGAAACCAUGUUUGGGACGACAGUUUAAAAAAAAAAACAACAAAACAAAGCUGAUAUCCCUUG